UGCGGACUUCUCAUUUAAAGCUUCCCAACACCGACAAAACUCUAAACUCAGCAACAACAAAAACAACCGGCAACACAUUUCAAAACGAAGCGACUCACACAUCUACGCAGUCACACGACAUAUAGCUCCGAACAGAAUCGUAUUCUCAUAAAAAUAUUCCUUGAUAACGCUGCCUAUGAACGCGAUCUAGUAUAAUUUGGGCAGGCAUGCAGUGGCACGAAGUGGAGUUGGACGGAAGCCGGACCACGGCAUUUCCGGAGCGGGCAGUUCCUGGCCAUGGUCAGGAAUCGGCAGCUGAACACAUAGGGGGCUAUCUGCGCGGCGGAAAAUGGGGAUGGGUGACAUGUAAGUACUCCAACGAGGCCACCAUGUUGGUGUGCGCCACCGCCACUGGCGAGAGUGUGGCUCGACACACAUUUUGGAGCGAGGACCGGCCCGGUCAGGAGGAUGUGCGUUGCAGCAUCCAGGCCGUGGAAGAGAUGUUCCCGGGGCAAGUGGAUGUACCCAGUCUGGUGGCCAUCAGCCUAGAGGUUUGGAGUGCUGGCAAUAGCCGGCCACAGCAGUGUUCCGCGGCUAGGACACAGCUGAUCAUAUACUCGGUCGCCUUCGACCAGGUACUGCGCCGCUUCGAUCUGGACAGCUUCUAUUGCAGCGCCCUCGUCUUCCUCGAUGACCGGCUGUGCCAGGGAACGCACCUCUCCCGCUUUGAUGGCUGCUUGGCCGUGGCCUCCGAGGAGGGCCUCGUCCUUCUGCUGGACAUUAACUGCAAACAUCUGUUGCAGACCCGCAAUCGCUGCAUCCGCGGAUCAGAGGCCGAUCCAUCCGCUGAGGUUUUCCGCCUUCCGUGUGUGGGUUCUGUGAUGCGUAUCGAUUCUCUGCUGGACGAGUGCCGCUCCCGAGAUGCCCAUUUGGCUGUUGAGGUGGACGUUGCUCGAAUCGGCAUCCGUUGCUUGGCGAGCAUAAGAUUUGCCCCCGGUUUCGCAGCCGGCCUGGAGGACGGCACCAUUCUGAUCUAUGACCUGGUUGACUUUCAUCUCACCACCGUGCUGCGAGCGCCACCCGAGAGAGACGUUUCCGUUGAACGUAUCUGCUGCAUUCUGCCGCCCGACGACCCGAAGCCAUGCUUCUAUGUCUGCGCUAUGUACCUAAGCUCGGACAGGCUUAGCCUGCAGCUGCACUCGGUGAGCUACAGACGCUCCCAUAUGACCAGCGACGGUGAAGGUUAUCGAUUCCAGGGUUUCCAUUCGAGCCUCUUGCGCAACCAGCAAGUGUUCGACCAAGGAAAAUGCUCCAUCAUUGGCUGCACCACGGCCUCCACCUUCAGCUUCGCCGGCGACAACGGCACACUGCUGGCCAUUCUAAGCUGGCACUCGCACGCCGAGCGGCGCAACAAACUGGUGCUGUUCGACAUCAACCAGUGGUACAAGGACGAGAUGCCGCCCAGUGUGCGACAUCGCGAGACUCCACAUUACCUGGCCGGCUACAUUUUGAGCGGACUGCCCAAGGGCCUGGCUCUGGAGCUGCGCCCUAACACCAUCUUGCACUUCAUCUCCUUGCACCGCUUCGACGAGCACUUUUAUCCGGAAUCUUUAACUUUCGAUUGUUCGUUGCUAACGUCUACUGGUUGCCGGUACUAUGCCCAGGAUGGAGUCCAGCAUCGAUUCCUGAACGCUCUGCGCUGGGAAAGGGCCACGUUGUUUUUGAAUCCACAGCCCUACCAUGAGCAGAUUGUCCGCCUGCGUCUGAUGCCACAGUUUAGCGAGCUGCAUCCGGACGCCACGGUGUCCAAGGCAGCCAUGUAUGAUGAGAUCUUGUCGGUGGCUUUGGAACACAAGUGCGUGGCCUUGCUGAACGACUGCGCCCGCAGCUGGCUGGACGGCAGUUUCCUGUGCAAUACGCUGGACUCCACCCAGCUCUCCCUCUCCACGCUCACCAAUUGGAUUGUGCGCCGUGCCGGGCUCAUUAAGGCCCACUGCUCGGAGCUCUGCCAGGGCAUCUUCGACUAUGGUGGCUAUUCCCUGGAUGAGCGCGAGCGCCGCGAAUACCAGGCCCUCUCGUCCCAGCUUCGUGAACUCCUGCGCCUGCAGACCUACAUCCUGGAGCAGGGCAAUCGUAGCAUGCCACCCAGCAUCCUGAUGGAAUGUGAGACCAACAAGCGGGCUCUCCAGACUGUUCUGAUGUACCAGCGAGUCCUCUACUGGUUCAUAGAGCAGGCCCUGCUGCCGGAGGGCCAGCACAUGGAGAACAAUGCCCAGCGGGAGUCGGUACUUGUCCGCCUGCGUCGAUCCUAUGCUGAUCUCCGGAAAAACAAGCGAACCCUUUACAUAGACGCUCUCGGCAAGCGCACUGGGUUGUCGAAUGCCUAUCCGCCGGAGACGCUACAGUCGCUCCUCUACUUGAUGCUCAACCCCGACACCCAGACAGACCGAAAGCACGCCCUCGUCCUCUACUUUCUGAUGGAUCUCGCCGCUCCGAAGCUGUGGUUGCGGUUCCAGGGUGCCUUCCAGAUCAGCGAUCAUCUGGUGUUGUCGGUGCGCUCCUUCUGGUUUCUGGAUCAUGGUGACUUUGAGGAAUGCGUUAGGGAGCUGUACGAAGCUGCCACUCCGAUCACUGGCUACGAGGAGUGGCAGUCGAGGCUGCUGCUAGAGACUCUGCUGGAUGCUGGAGCCCCCGAGGCUGCCAUGCGUGUGGUGAGUCAGCCGCCGGGCCCAGUGGACGUCUGGCUGCAUCUGCGCAUCCUCCUGGCCAACGAAAGCAUCCCCGAGGCCUUCCACAUGGCCCGGCUCUACGACGAGGAAGAGACCCAACCGCUGUUGGAGCGAUUCUUCCAGCACUGCAUCGACAACCGGCGAUUCAAGGUGCUGGCCGAGCUCUGCCUGCGCGAGCCGGAGGAGCGACUUGUCUACCGGCUGCUGCGCAAGUGCCGAUCGCGGCAGACGGAGUGCGUCCAGCUGAUCCUGCUGCUGCAGAAGAGCAAGUAUAUUGAGGCAGUGUCCUUCAUGGACGAGGUGGCGGACGAGCGACAGCGCGAGGACGACUCCUCCAGCACCAUCAUCUCGGCGUACCGCUCCACGAUGGCUCCGGUGGCACAGAACAUAGCCGGCACCUAUUUCCAGAUUCGCGGCAAGCUGGACAGAAUGAAUCAAGUGCCCAGCCGAAACUGGGGCAAUCCGGAACCGUUUAGCUGCCAACUCGUCAAGCAGAACGCCAGCGGCGAGGUGGGCGGCAUCUUCCAGUGCUCGGCCCUCAGCGCCCACUGGGCCACGCGCUACGACGAGUUGGCAUCCGGUUUGCCCGCUCCUGGGCUGUCCGUAGCGACCAACAAGGGGCACAGCAACAUCCCCUUCCUGCGGCGCGCACAAUACGGCCUGUCGGAACAGCCCCGGCGGCGUCGUGUCGUAAAGCCAGUGCUCCACCAGGUGGCGGAGAAGCGACAGCGCGAGCAGGAGGAGCUGCAGCGGGAGGAGCGCCACCGCAGAGACGAGGUCACCAUACAGCCGAGGAAGCGGCGGCGACUGCUGGGCGAGCAGCUAGUGGAGGAUAUGCGCGGUCACGUCAACAAAAUCCUGGGAAAGUCGCCAGCCCAGAAGCCGGAGUCCGAAACGGACUCGGUGAGCCGACUUCUGCAGCCACCAUCCUUCGUGCAGUCGCGCCAGUCCACGAACCGGCAGGGCAGCAGCUCACCGGUGGCAGUCCUCAAGCCGCGCCCAGCCAUCAAAUCCUUGGGCGGCACUCCGCUCGUGGCCACGUCCACGAAGCUGUCGGGAACGAAGCGAUUCCGUUUCAUGCCGCCGAUUCCGCUGCGUCUGGAUGGCUCCAUGGAAGUGGAUGGCGAGGAGCCGGUGGAUGAGGACGCCGAAUCGAAGGAAGAGGUGCCGGAGACGGAGGAGGAGGAAACGGACGAGAUCAUCAUGGCCAUAGAGUCCAGAAGCGACCCGCAGGCCACCGAAAACAGUGAGUCAGAGGACGAGUUCCUGUCCCCGAUGGCCUCGGCGAAUGUCUCGCUGGCGAAUCAGUCGGAAGUGGUGGCGGAAGCGUCGCCCAGGAUCAUGGGCCCGCCACGCGGACCUCAGCCGCGCUCCUCCCUCUUUCAGGGCCGGAAUGGGAACGGAAACGGGAACGGCAGUGAGAGCAGCGGUUUCGGCAGCUUCGCCACAGUCCAGGCCUCUCAGACGUCGUCGCAAUCGCAGUUCGUGCCAACCAUUUGCUCCUCCAAGAUGUACGAGACCCACUCGCAGAUGCAUCUGUUUUCCGGCGGACUCGCCUCCACCAGCAGUGGCGUUAAGAUUUCCGAACGCACCACCAUCUGCGGCGACAUGGAGUCCACCGAUCUGAUUCCGGAGACAACUGCCGCGUUGACGGCGGCAAGCUCCGAAUGGUCUAUGCCGCAGUCGCGUGCACAGGGCCAGCCGCUCCAAAUGAUGGACACGACCCUUGGCAUGUCCACCUACGAUGUGACUUCUUUGGAGCCUCGUGAACAGGAGCGUGAGCAGGCGGAGGAACCGCGUGAAGAGCUGGAGGAGGAGGUGCUGGAGCUGGAGGAGUCAAUAGCAGCCGAGAUGCAGCAAGAGGAGCAGACAGCGGAACAGGAUCAGGAGAGGGCAAGCACCACCGAGGCCAAUUACCAGAUACCAUUCAUGGCUAGCUCCGAGGCGCCCGUCCAGGAGCCACUCUACUCGCCAACCUACAGUUUGAGCAGCGAAGAGUCAUCCGAGCUCUCAUCCUAUGACCAUCAUCGGUCCACCUAUGUCGAUCCUAUGCGCCCCACCCAGGAGGACAUCGACAAUCCGCUGUUCACCACGGAGACGGGCUCCAUCGUUUCGUACCAUUCCAGCGCCUCCAACGUCUCGGUGCCGAUCGGUGCUGGCGAGGAUGGGUCGCUGUAUCGGGCCAACAGCCUGGAAACGGUCGACGAUCUGGACACCACCAAGGGUUCCGUAGAGGAGGCCGAGGAGGACUACGAGGACGACUGCGUGAUCGCGCUGGAUGGUACGGAAGUGCGCGGAUACGUAGCACGUCCGGAGCAGCCGGCGGCCUGCAGCAGCGCCGAGCUCUUCGCCUUCAAGGAUGAGUGUCAGGAGGAGGCGGUGGCCGGAUCGUGUCCCUCGCUCUCGCUGGGCGCCACUGCCAACAGUGAUUCUGUGGUGGCGGACACCAUAGUGCUGGACAGCGACAGUGAGUCUCGCAAGGACAGGGAACCAGACAAGGUGAAGUCCUCGUCCGUGAAUGUGGAUGUGGGAGAGGUGGUGACGGUGCCAGUGACAGUAGCAGAGGAGCCGGCAUCCAGCAACGAUUCCGUGGCCACAGUGUCCUUCACUGAAACCAAACAGGCGCCGGCACAGAUCGAGGAGGAGAUGGUGGUCUUGGAUGAGGAGGAAAAGGUAGUCCUGGAGAAGGUGCAGCCAGUAGUGGAGACCGAACCAGAGGUCCAUUAUGAGAAUGAGAUUAUAGUCGAAGAUGAGGAAGAACAACCGGCUAUAGAGAAUCUAGAAGUCCAGACGGUGAUUCAACAAGAGGAGGAGGAGAAAGUUCAGGAGGAAGAAAAAGAGGAUGAGAUGGUGGUCGAUAAUGAGGAGGAUGACGAGGAGCAAGAGCUUGUCCUGGUGCUUACAGAUGAGGAGAAGAUGGAAAUCGAGGACUCUCAUGGGAACAAGCACGAUAUGACACUGGAAGUGAUCCAAGAAGAAGAGGACUCAGAAGACGACUGCGUGCUGGUAGUUCCUGUAGAGCCCAUCAAAGCAGAGCAGAAGACCAAGAAAAAGUCCUCCAAGGACACAUCCAAGCAAAAGGCCAAAGAUAGAGCAACUCCAGAUCCCCGUCCCGCUCAGGAAGAGGACUCCAAGCAGAGCUUUAUGUCCGAGGAUGACGACCGCACACCAGCCAUCCCGACUUCGACGCGGACUCUGCGUGCCCGACGCAGCACUUCCAUUCCCACGGAGAGUCCCGCCGUGCAGACGCCCCCGGUGUCCGCCCGAAAGCUGCGUCUGCGCAGCUCUGACGCCGUGUCGACGCCCAGGCGUCGCCCCGUCCAACACAAGCAUCUCCUGGAGGUCAUCGAUGAGGGCUCGCCGGACACGCCCUCCCUGCCGCGCACCAGAUCGCGCACGCGACUCAGCAUCGACUCGGAUGCCCCUGCCCCCGGAUCCGGCGUGAUGGCGCGUUCCAAGCGGGCCACCUCGCUGCUCUCCGAUGUCCAGAAUCCGGCACCGCGCCUGCGUCGCGGCAUCAGUGAGCCGCCCAGCCCGGCGAUCACAACAACCCCAGUCCGGGGUACUCGCCGUGCCGUCCGAUCCCGGAAGAACAGCAAGGUGGAGGAAGAAGAACCGCCGGAGCCAGAGCCGGAGGAGGAGGAGAAGCCCCGGCUGCGACGCACAACCAGGCGACGGGCCUCCGAGCUAAGUGACAAGAGCGAUAAGACCGACAAAACAGAUCCACCAUCUCCUGGCACCUCCGCACCCCGGCAACUGCGUCUCCGAAUCCAGCGCGUGAAGAAGAGCGAGGCGGAAGCUGCCGAGUCAUCGGCUCCGUCCCAGAGAUCAUUGCGCACGCCCCCCAUCUCCGAAGGUUCGAACGAAGCCAAUGUGCCGCCCAAGAAGCGAGGGCGCUCCAAGAAGUGAGAUUCGGAUGAGACGCCAGAUCGAAUCCCAACGUUGCUGUAAAUUGCCAUUCUGUAUUUUUGUUUUCCUAAAACACAUAUAUUUUUCGGCUUUUGAGUUUAGUUCAGUGUUUCAAAUAAAAGUGUUACAAAUAUACUUAAAAAUAAACAGGAAAAUUUUAGAAAUGGAACAAAUGAAAAAUUAAGGAACGAUUUUUAAGAAUUGGAGGUUCUUGUAGCUUGUACCCAUAGGAAAUAUUCCGAAAAUGUUAUAUAAGCUGUUUUAAAUAAAAAAUGGAUAUUCUUGUAGAGA